AUGCGUGCAUUUUUGAUCCUGUGCUCCGUCGUCUCUGCUGCGUAUGCCGCUAGUCUCGGCUACGACUACAACGGUCCAGCGCUGGGCGGUCCCGUGCUUGGUGGACAGGCUCUUGCUGGUCCCAGUUAUGGCGGACAAGCUCUUGCUGGACCCAGUUAUGGUGGACAGGCUCUUGCUGGUCCCAGUUAUGGCGGACAAGCUCUUGCUGGACCCAGUUAUGGAGGACAGGCUCUUGCUGGUCCCAGUUAUGGCGGACAAGCGUUAAGUGGCCCCAGUUACAGCGCUCCGGCUCCAGUUCCCGAGCUUAACAAGGAAUUCUUCAGUUACACUGCACCCGAACAUGAGUUCAACGAUGCUGGUGAUGCCGGUGACAUCGCAAAUGCGCUGAAGAAAAACGUGCGUGUUAUCUUCGUUAAGGGACCACAAAACUCUGCACUCGAGAAUGCCGCUGUGCAAUUAUUGGCCAAAAACGCUGUUGAGGAACGCACCGCUAUCUAUGUGCUGAACAAACAAGCUGACAUCGGCGAUUUGGCUAACAAACUGAACUCAGUCGAUCAUCGUAACGCUUACAAACCAGAAGUACACUUCGUCAAAUAUAGAACACCAGCCGAUGCUGAGAAUGCCAAGCAAGCUAUUCAAUCGCAAUACGAUGAUUUGGGCGGCAAUACUAGCAGCUACAGUGGUGGUGUUGCUCCAGUUCUGGAUUUCGCUUCAAAGCCAGCCGCUCCUGCAGCUCAGCAGCCAAUCGGUAGCGUGGAUGGUGCUUAUCUGCCACCAAACAAGGUUUAA